AUGUAUAACGAUAAACGCGUAAAAAUAUCAAAAACAAGAGCUCUUAGGGCCGCUAACCCUUAUUUUCAAUAUCGAAAUUGCAAGAUUGAUCCUAAAAAUAAACGUAAGAUGACCGAUCAUUCAAAAAUUACCGCUCCGGAAUGGGGAAGCAUGACCGAUUUAGAAAAAAGAAGAUUUAAACAGGCUUCCGUAAAAGAAGCUUUAGAUAAAGAAGCUGCUUUCGGAGGUAAUGGCCUAACUAAGAAAUCGUUCGAACAGUUUGGUGAUAUCGCUUUCGUGAUUGAAUGUCCCAUUAUUCAAAACAAGGAAGAUUAUUUGUUUAACAAAUAUACUCGAAACACUGAUUUCAAAUUAAAAUAA